AAAAAAUCAAAUUGGCAACACUGUUUUUCAAGCAUGGCGCAUAUCGUACGUCACUUGCCAUUGUAGAAUGUAGUUCCUUUCCAGUCAAAAACCAAAAUGGGUAUCAGUCGUGAUCAUUGGCAUAAAAGACGUGCCACCGGUGGCAAAAGGAAGCCCCUGCGUAAGAAGAGGAAGUUCGAAUUAGGACGUCCAGCUGCCAAUACGAAAUUGGGAGCCCGCAGAAUCCAUUAUGUCCGUACCAGAGGGGGCAACAUCAAGUACCGUGCCCUCAGAAUUGACACUGGCAAUUUCGCUUGGGCUAGCGAAGGUACUGCCAGGAAAACUCGUAUUAUCGACGUUGUAUACAAUGCUAGCAACAAUGAAUUGGUUCGUACCAAGACUUUGGUGAAAAAUGCUAUUGUUGUUGUUGACGCCACUCCGUUCAGGCAAUGGUAUGAGACGCACUAUAUUUUGCCUUUGGGUAGAAAGAAGGGAGCUAAACUGACAGCAGAAGAAGAGGCAAUUUUGACAAAAAAGAGGAGCAAAAAAGUCCAAAAGAAAUACGAAAACAGACAGAAAAUCGCCAAGGUUGAACCUGCGAUAGAAGAACAAUUUCAGACUGGUAGAUUGUUGGCUUGUCUAGCCUCAAGACCAGGACAGUGCGGUCGAGCCGACGGUUACAUCUUGGAAGGCAAAGAAUUAGAAUUCUAUAUGAGAAAAAUUAAGUCUAAGAAAGCAAAAUGAGCGGGUGAUUAAUUAUACAAAUAUAUUUGUUUGUAUCUUAAGAAAAUUGUUGUUU